AUGAAUAAGCUCUUAUCUUCUAAAUUCUUCCACUCUGCAAAGAGGCAACUAACAUAAAAAUCUACUUACAAUUUUGCAUAAAUUUGCUCAUCUGCUGCUGAAGCUCUUAGAGAUGUUAAAGAUGGCUCCAAGAUUCUUAUGGGUGGAUUUGGUAUAUGCGGUAUUCCUGAAAACUCAAUUCUUGAACUCAAGAAAAUGGGUGUAAAGGACCUGACUGUAGCUUCAAACACUUGUGGUGUGGCAGAUUGGGGUUUAGGUCUUUUACUAUAAACUAGAUAGAUCAAAAGAGUUAUUGCUUCUUAUGUCGGUGAAAAUCCUGUUUUCGAAAAGCUUUUCAAGGGAGGCUUACUUGAAGUCGAAUUAACUCCUCAAGGUACCUUAGCUGAAAAGAUGCGUUCAGGUGGUUUAGGUAUUCCUGCCUUCUACACACCCACUGGUGUUGGUACUUACGUAGAAUAUGGUAAGGUUCCUAUUAGAUAUAUUGCUAAUACUCCUAUUCCUGAUAUGCUCUCUAAGCCUAAAGAGCGUAGAAUUUUUAAUGGCAGAGCUUAUAUUAUGGAAGAAACCUUGACUGGUGAUUUUGCUAUUGUUAAGGCAUAAAAGGCUGAUAGAAAAGGAAAUUUGUACUACAAUAGAACCGCUAAAAACUUUAACGAAGAUGCAGUUAUGGGUGGUAAGAUUGCUAUUGCUGAAGUCGAAGAAUUAGUUGAGGAUGGAGAACUUGAUCCUGAUUUGAUCCAUACUCCUGGUGUAUUUGUUGAUAGAGUCUUUGUAGGUGAAAAAUUCGAGCAUAGAAUUGAAAAACCCAUGUUCGAUACUUCAGAUUAACCUUAAAAACCCAAAGAUAAAAUUACUCACAAGGAAAGAGUUCGUGAUAGAAUUGUUGCUAGAGCUGCUAAGGAAGUUAAAUCAGGAAUGAAUUUAAAUCUUGGUAUUGGUAUGCCCACCUUACUUCCACAAUUCUUACCUAAGGGUAUUAACAUUAUGCUUGAGUCAGAAUUAGGUGUUAUGGGUGUUGGACCAUAUCCCAAGAAAGGACAAGAGCAUGCAGAUCUUAUUAAUGCAGGAAAAGAACCUAUCACUUUAUUACCUGCUGCCAGUACUUUCUCUUCAUCUUUAUCUUUUGGUAUUAUUAGAGGUGAUCAUUUAGAUAUGACUAUGUUAGGUGCUAUGUAGGUUAGUAGAACAUGUGAUAUUGCUAAUUGGAUUAUUCCUGGUAAGUUAGUAAAGGGUAUGGGUGGUGCCAUGGAUCUUGUCUCAUGCAGAUCUAAAGUUAUAGUUUUGAUGGAACAUAAUAAUAAGCAUGGUGAAUUUAAGGUUGUCGACUAGUGUACCCUUCCUCUUACAGGCAAAGGUGUAGUCAACACUCUUAUUACUGAAAUGGCUGUUUUCAGAAACUGGGAUGGAGAAUUGGUUUGUGAAGAAAUAGCUGAAGAAUGUACCCUUGAAUAAGUUAGAGAAGCUUCUGGAUAUGAAUUCAGAGUUGCUGAAAAUCUUAAAAAGUUCUGA